AUGGCAAUGAAAGAUCUGUGCGAUGGGAUUUCAGCGGGAUUUCCGCCUGAAGCAACUGCGCAUGAAAAUCCAGAAGCAGACAAAGGAAUUAGUGAUGGAAGCACUGAAGCUGCCAUGACUUUACUUGCAAUGGGAGAUCCAACGUUCCAGAUAAAAGCAAGCACUGAAGAAUGGACAUGCAUGUUACCUGCACAAGAUGAACUCAACAUGGGCAAAAGCUUUGUGAGCCAGGAUGACUCAGAGCAAAACAGGGCUGCUGAUCAGUAUGUGGUUUCUUCAGCGACUUCUGACAAUGUCCCUUGCAAGGAUGGAGGCAACAUUAUAGUAGAAGACCAAAGCACUGGUGCAGGAGCAGGUGUUGCAGAACAUUUUGAGAAAAAUGCAACAGAUGCCAGCAAUAACUCUCUGCCUAUGGUGAAUAGUAUGAGACUGAGAAGAGGCAGUCUCCAGAAAUCAAAUCCAAACACAGAAGUACUGAGGUCUAAUGAAAAUGUAAAUCAGAAACCUCUUAAUACAAACGUAGUUAUGGAACAGCUAGACAGCAUUCAAAGUGAGCCUAUGGACUUUAGAGGUACUACAGAAAUGCAGAAGGUGGAACAGGUCAGAGUUGGACCAACUUCAAGGGAUACUUCUGUCCUUCAGAAUUUUGCAACUGGUAUGGAUCUUGUCAAGCAAAUGGACAACAAAGGGAGAGCACAGAAAGAGAUAAAAGAUGCUUGUGGAACUUCUGGGAACUUGUCAGCAGAAUGUGAGAAAUCUCACCUUGGACUAGAGGAUUAUCUGGAUGAAAGUUCUGUGGACAGACCAGCUGUUCAAAAUCCUUGUCCUGCCAAGGACAGUCAAUGUACAGUCAGCUUUGCUGAGAAUGAAACACGUGCUCAGGAUUGUGAACAGCAGCAUAUAAGCAGUGCAGCAGAGACUUCAGUGAAUGAUGACCAUAGAUGUCCAGAGGAAGAAGAACAGACGUUCAUUUUAACAUUGGUGGAAAUCCUUGCUGACUCAGGAGAGUUCGAUACAUCUGCUUUGCAGGAACAAACUUCAGAACCAUUACUACCAGCACCAAUACUUAUCAGUCCAGUGAAAUCAAGUGGAACCAGCUCGGCUGAAGUGGAGAGCACUGGAUCUUUGACAGCUGCAGCUGAUGAACUUGGUGAAUAUUCAAACAGCAGUAUGGAAACCAAACAAGAACACAGUGCUUCAGUAGAGCCUGCUCUAAGUCUGAUGCAGACAGCUCAAAAAAGGUCAGCUGCUGAGCCUGCAGAGAAUGAUUUUCCUCUUGUCAAGAAAACCAUAUCUACUGUAAUGGAGAGUAACAUGGAAGACCCUUGUGAGGUGAGAAGGUAAUUUGGUAGCAGUGUC